ACCCCUUUCUUGAGUCUUGUCUUCUGGGAUCCUCCUGCAGAAAUCCAAAAAUUUGAGUAAUUGUCUCAAAUUGUGGCACACGUUUUCAAUUGGAGCAUUGUAUAUCACACUGUAAACGUUAUUCACCACCGAUAGAAGUAGUCUGACAGGUGCAAAUUGCCCCUGGGCGUCGACUGUCCAUUGAGCAUCCAUUCAUUCUUUCACCGGCUGCUGAGCUUUUCCAGCCUUGCGAGCUAGCGUUAGCCGAGAGGGGACCACUGGAGAAAUACUCAAAAUGUCAGGUUACCAAGGAAAAAAGAACAUUCCUCGAAUCACUAGUGAUCGCCUCCUCAUAAAAGGAGCAAAGAUUGUGAAUGAUGACCAGUCCUUCACGGCUGAUAUCUACAUGGAGGAUGGAGUCAUCAAGCAAAUCGGUGACAACCUAAUUGUCCCUGGAGGAGUUAAGAUCAUAGAGGCUCACGGGAGAAUGGUGAUGCCCGGUGGCAUUGACGUGCACACUCGAUUCCAGAUGGCUGACCGAGGCAUGGUGGUAGCAGAUGACUUCUACCAGGGCACCCGGGCAUCCCUAGCAGGAGGCACCACAAUGAUCAUCGAUCACGUGGUGCCGGAACCUGGCGUAGGCUUGGUUGAAGCUUUCAAGCAGUGGAGAGAAUUUGCUGACAGCAAAUCCUGCUGUGACUACUCUUUCCAUGUGGACCUCACCGACUGGAAAAAAGGCACUCAGGAGGAGAUGGAGACCUUGGUGAAGGAGCAUGGUGUCAACUCUUUCCUGGUCUAUUUGGCCUAUAAGGAUGUUUUUCAACUUUCUGACGCUCAGAUUUACGAGGUGUUCAGUGUUAUCCGAGACCUAGGGGCCAUCGCUCAAGUGCAUGCUGAGAAUGGUGACAUCAUUGCCGAGGAGCAGAGACGAAUUCUCGAGCUGGGUAUCACUGGGCCUGAAGGUCAUGUACUUAGCCGUCCAGAGGAGGUGGAGGCAGAAGCUGUCAAUCGCUCCAUCACCAUAGCCAAUCAAACAAAUUGUCCUGUCUACAUCACUAAGGUGAUGAGCAAGAGUGCUGCUGAUGUCAUCGCUCUAGCCAGAAAAAAAGGCUCUGUGGUUUUCGGAGAGCCCAUCUCGGCCAGCUUGGGCACAGAUGGUACCCAUUACUGGAGCAAGAACUGGGCCAAGGCUGCGACCUAUGUCACAUCUCCACCACUCAGUCCUGAUCCCACCACCCCUGAUUACCUCAGCUCUCUCUUGUCAUGUGGGGAUCUACAGGUGACAGGUAGCGCCCACUGCACUUUCCAAACAUCGCAACGAGCAGUAGGCAAAGAUAACUUCACCCUCAUUCCGGAGGGCACCAAUGGAACUGAAGAGAGGAUGUCUAUAAUCUGGGACAAAUGUGUGGUGACUGGAAAGAUGGAUGAGAAUCAAUUUGUGGCAGUGACCAGCACAAAUGCAGCAAAGAUCUUCAACCUUUUUCCACGGAAGGGCCGCAUUGCUGUGGGCUCUGAUGCUGACCUUGUUUUGUGGGACCCAGAUGUCACCAAGAUCAUCUCAGCCAAGAACCACAACUCGGCUAUAGAGUACAACAUCUUUGAGGGCAUGGAGGUCCGUGGAGGUCCUCUGGUGGUGAUCAGCCAAGGUAAAGUUGUGCUGGAAGAAGGCAGCCUGCACACAACGGAGGGCUGUGGGCGCUACAUUAGCCGUAAAGCCUUUCCAGACCACGUGUACAAGAAGAUUAAGGCUCGUAGCAGGCUGACAGAGUUGCGUGGAGUCCCCCGGGGUCAGUACGAUGGGCCGGUGUGUGAGGUGAUUCUUACUCCCAAGGUUUUGUCCUCGGUCUCUGCUGUUAAGACCUCGCCUACCAAACAGCAACAACAGCAACAAUUCAUUCAGCAACCAGUGCGCAACCUCCACCAGUCCGGCUUCAGUCUGUCAGGUGCCCAAAUUGAUGACAACGUUCCACGGCGUAACACCCAGCGCAUUGUGGCUCCCCCUGGAGGAAAAGCCAAUAUCACCAGCCUCGGCUAAGCUUUUUUUGCAAAUGCACCAAGGUGCUGGGAAGCAUAGGACUGGCGGUCCGUCACUCUUUGCUUGCCCUGCAAUACACCUUUUCAUUGUCACUCACUAUUAUGUUGUAUUUAACAUAAAUGAAAACACUAUUAAUUUAAUCCAAUACGGAAGAUUCAAUGGAAUUGAAGCUUGCUAGACAUUGAAACUUUUCUCGACUUUAGACUUCAGUCAAUCUAUUGUAGGACCAGCAGUUUUUUCCUACUGCUUGAGUGUGCGGAAAACCUCCUUAGGUCAGUUCUCAAUUGUUGUUUCAGUAUUUGUGUUCUUGUAGAAAAGUUCUUUUGUAAUCACCAGAAAACAAAGACGAGAAUGUUUUUUUUUCCUGCUGUUUAAUUUAACUUCUCAUCUUGGUCUUCCUUAUGUGUUAUAGUUGCACUUUCCGUUUUAAUUUCCAUUUAAUUUGUUUUGAAAAACGUAAUUUAUCGAAUGCACUGAAAGGUAAGUUAAUGGUAUUUAAAGGUUACGUUUAAUACCCUGUAUUUGGCACAUGCACAUUUUUUUUUCUCUUUCUCAUUUAAGCUCUCUUUUGAUCUUUUGCCAUGUCAACCUUGAUAAGUAAAUGAUGUGUCUGCUGAACACUUGAGGAUACAGACACCGCAAAGUUUGAUGUGAGGUUUUGAGAAGACCUUUUUGCAUCAGGUGCUAGAAGAGCAAGGCCAGUAUGUAAAUGUGAAGGUGUUAACUGUUCCUGCAUUCAUACUAAAAUUGUCUUUGCUUUGGAGUUAGCACCCAUUGAUCAGUUUAUCCCACUUCGUGACACAUUUAUUUUGCACCUGUACUAAUCCAAAUGAUACACCUGUAUGUGAGCUUGCAAGUUUUUUGUGGAGUGUCUGUUUUUAGGUUUAAUUGAAAUAGCCCCUGCCUGUUCACUAAGAUGUUGAUAGCACAUUGUAUCUAUGAAGGCUCAUAAAAAAGUGAUCUUUGAGACCUGAUGGAACAUUGCAACAUGGAUGGUUGUGUAUUUAGAACUCUCCCUGCGUGCUGAUGAUGUGUCCACUUCUCUUUGUGUUUGUGUUGUGAACCAAGUACCGGAAAGCCAGUUCUUCUUUGUAAUACCUUUACUUAUUUAUUGCCACCUGUUUGAACUGGAGCCACAGCAAGUGGUAAGUUCUAGUUACUGUACAUCCCUUCAUUGCUUGUGAAGUGAGUAAGUAUGCCAGGCUAAAUGUGAAGAGGAUUACAUUAUUUUGGCAGGGUUCUUGAUAGUGUUUAUUGAGCUGUAACAUGCAACGCAGGUGUUGUCCCACUUAAUGUGAUAUUGAGUCAUGUACGUAUACCUUGUUGGAUACCAAGAUUUGACGGGGCACAAAUCACCAGUCCUUUCUGCAUCCUACUUGACCUGUGUUGACUUCAGUGGAGUAAAAUAUUAUGAAUAAAACUUUUGGUUUUUUUUUUUU